UUUAAUUUUAUUUUAUUUGGUUGUAAAAUGUGGUAUUCUAAAGAAUAUGACCCUAUACAGGUGGGCUCAAUUAAUGGAGUAGGAAUUAAACCACACGACGCUGCUAUUCAAAGAGCCGCUUCGUCUGAAUACAGAGCACCCAAAUAUUUAAAGACCGAUCCAAAUCAGACUUUAUUUAUUGGUCGAUUAAAUUUUAAUACAAUAGAAUCCACAUUGAAAAGACAUUUUGAGAAAUAUGGGACAAUAGCAAAUAUAACAAUUAUACGAAAUAAUGUAACUGGAUUAUCUGAGGGAUAUGGAUUCAUUACUUUUACAACUGAACGAGCAACGAGAGAGGCUUAUAGAUAUGCUAAUAAAAUAAAAAUAGACGAUCAUGUGAUCCUAGUAGAUUAUGAAAGAAGUAGAGUAAUGAAGAAUUGGAUACCACGAAGGUUAGGAGGUGGAUAUGGUGGUAAAAAGGAAAGUGGUCAAUUAAGAUUUGGUGCAAGAGAUAGGCCCUUUAGAGAAUCAGAUUCUUCUUCAAUCCAUAUAUCCAGUGAGCAACGAAGAGCAGAUAAUUGGACUCAACACCAUUCUUCUUCUUCUUCUUCUACUACUACGAGUCCUUCUCUUCAUGAUAGUCAUAGAAGGCAUGAUUCUCGGUAUUAUCGUGAGCAUUCUCAUUAUCGUCACCAUCAUAGAUCUCGCUCUUCUUCAUAUGAGGAUAGGAAGGAUAAAAAGAGAAAAUACAGUCAUAACUCUCGUUCACCCUCUCCUUUUAAAAAAAAAUAUGACAAUGAUUCGCAUAGGAAAUCUUCUCAAAGAAGAUAAAUAUGUAUAUCAAAAUUUAAGUAAAUACCUCCCUAUAAAUUAAAAAAACUACAUUUAUUUAUUUUUUAUAAUAAUAAUAAUUUAGAAGUCAU